AUGAGUUCCAUUGGUUUGUCCUUCCUCUUCCUCCUUUCUCUGGCGCUUUUAUCUACUGCUAGAGGGCAAGAAAGGGCCCCUCAUGGGCUUGCUUAUGAGAGCCCUGUAGCAUUUCCGCCAGCAGCAUAUGACUUCUUUCAUCCCAAUGCUCAAAAGCCUCAGACUAGAGACUCAUGUGCUGCAUCCAAAUGUUCACCACUGCCUCUAGCAGCUCAAGUGGAUGAUGGCACUCAAAUAUAUCAAAACAAAGCUUCAGCAAUGCAGAAAGGUAGGAAACAAAUCGGAGCUGGGGGUGUGGCUGGCAUUAUCACUGCUUUUGCUUUUGUUUUGCUUUUAGCUAUGGGAAUCUACUAUGUAAAGGUUACUCGCCAAGCCAACAUGAAUCGAGCAACUAGUAGUGUUCAAUCUCAUGCUUGA